AUGGAACGUUGGAAUAAUAAAGUGGCAGUUGUAACUGGUGCCUCAGCUGGAAUUGGCCUUGAAAUAACAAAAACUUUGCUUCGUCAUGGUUUAAAUGUUGUUGGAUUAGCAAGAAGAAAAGAAAAAAUGGAGAAAGAAUUGAAUAAUUUUAAUGAUGCAAAAGGUAAAUUUUAUGCUCAUCAAUGUGACGUUGCAAAUGAAAAUGAUGUUAAAAGUGCAUUUGAAUGGAUUAAAAAAAAUGUUGGAACAAUUCAAGUUCUUGUCAACAAUGCUGGACUUGGAUUUCCCGGAUCAAUUGCAGAUAUAACAAAUGAAACAGUUAAAACAAUUGUGGGUGUUAAUUUAUUGGGUGUCAUUUGGUGCACCAAAGAGGCAUUAAAAAUAAUGAAAGGAGAAUCACAAUUAGAAAGUAUUAUUAUCAACAUAAAUAGUAUUGAAGGUCAUCGUGUAUAUAAAUUUCUUGAUUUAGAUGUCAACGUAUAUCCAGCAACAAAGCAUGGUGUUACUGGUUUUUCUGAAUCACUUAGAUCAGAAUUGAUGGGUCAAAAAAUUCGUGUCACAAAUCUUUGUCCAGGCUUGGUAAAAACUGAUAUUGCUGGAGCAAAUGGAAUUGAUCAAGGAAUAUGGUCUGAACCACAUAUUCAAUCAAAAGACAUUGCCGAUGCUGUUACAUAUGUUAUCGGUGCCCCAAGUAAUGUUCAAAUAACUGAAUUAAUUAUUCGACCACUGGGUGAACGAGCUGUUGCUUACUAACUAAUAUAAAAUUUCUAUAAUAAAUAACUUGUCAUUUGUCAAUCUAAAAGUAACAAUAAAAUUAAAUUUCAAUGUAAU